UUACGUUGUUUUCAUGGCGGAGCGGCAGUCGUGGCCGCUCACUGUACGUAUUUAUCGUUAGAGAUUUACCUCUUGGCAGCAGGUGAGGUCAAAUGCAGAGGGAAGGAGCGGAAGAGCUUUGCUGACAGGUGGAAAACAUUUUAGUUUUAAGCUAAAAAGGAACAAAUGGACGAGUAUAAAACGGCACUGACCGACAGCCUCAUCAUAUGGCUGCAGACCUUCAACACUCCUGCACCCUGCAGAGUGGUGGAGGAACUGACCACUGGAGUGGCAAUAUCACAGGCACUGCAUCAAAUAGACCCAGCUUGGUUCACUGAUGGAUGGCUUGGUCGUAUCAAAACAGAUGUUGAAGAUAACUGGAGACUGAAGAUGAACAACCUGAAGAAGAUCCUUCAGAUGGUGGUUGAUUAUUAUAAUGAGGUCUUAGGCCAAGAAAUCUCAGACUUCCCCUUGCCAGAUCUGGCUCGGGCGGCAGAGCAUUCAGACCCAGUGGAACUGGGGCGGCUGGUGCAACUCAUACUGGGCUGUGCUGUCAGAUGUGAGCGGAAACAAGAAUACAUUCAGAUCAUCAUGACCUUGGAGGAGUCUGUGCAGCAUGUUGUCAUGACAGCCAUCCAGGAGCUCAUGAGUAAAGAGAUCAUGGCCCCGUUUGGAGCUGAACUGUCAGGGGACUUGGAACAGCAGCUGAAAAAAGCCCUAGAGGACCUCACUGAACUUCUUUCAGAGAAGGAAGCGUUAGCCCAACGCUGUCAAGAGCUGGACAUGCAGGUGGCUGUUCUUCAGGAGGAACGGAACAGUUUGUUGGCAGAGAACGACGUCCUAACAGACCGAGCCAAUCAGCUGGAUACAUUCGAUGACCCAAGCACACCCUCAGGGAGAAAACACAGCCAGUUGCAGCAGCAGUUAGAGGCACUGCAGGAGGAGAACUUCAGGCUGGAGGCUGCUAAGGAUGACUACCGGAUCCACUGUGAAGAGCUGGAGAAGCAGCUGAUUGAAGUUCAGCACCGUAAUGACGAGCUCACCAGCCUGGCAGAAGAGUCUCGAGCUCUUAAAGAUGAACUGGACGUUCUGAGGAACUGCUCAGAUCGUGUGGUGAUGCUGGAGGCCUCAGUGGAAACAUACAAACGGAAACUGGAGAAUCUAGGUGAUCUGAAGAGGCAGAUGAAGCUGCUGGAGGAGAAUAACAUGACGUACAUGCAGAACACUGUUAGCUUGGAGGAGGAACUCCGCAAGGCAAACGCUGCCCGUGCACAGCUCGAGUCAUACAAGAGACAGGUCCAGGAGCUGCACAGGAAGUUGUCUGAGGAGACGAGGCGAGCAGACAACCUGGCUUUUGAGAUGAAGAAGUUAGAAGAAAAGCACGAGACUGUGAUGAAGGAGAAAGAGAGGAUCAUCAUCGAGAGAGAGUCUCUAAAGGAGAUCAACGAGGAGCUGCGAUGCACUCAGGCUCAGCAGCUCCAGCAGCUCCAGCUCUCCCAAGCAGGGAUGCUUCCUUCUGGCAGCCCCAGCCAUGAUAACCUGGCAGCUGAAUUAAUACCCAUUGAAUACAGAGAAAAGUUCAUCAGGCUGCAGCAUGAGAACAAGAUGCUGAGAGUGCAGCAGGAGGAGUGUGAGAGGGAGAAGAUAGCUGCACUUCAGGUCCAGCUGGAGGAAGCACAUAAGACUCGCAGUGAAUUGGACACUGAGAACAGACUGAGUCGAGAGCGCAUCGGUGAGCUGCAGCAGCAGGUCGAGGACCUCCAGAAGGCUCUGCAGAGUCAGGCAGCCAAACCUGAUGAUUCAAACCUGAAGAGAAAACUUGAUGCGCACAUGGUCCAACUGAACGAGGCUCAGGAUGAAAUCAUGAAGAAGAAAGAGCUGCUGGAGGACCUUCAGCCCGAUAACACUCAAAAUUCCCUGAAGCUGGAUGAGUUGAUGGCUGCUCUGAAGAAGAAGGAUGAUGACAUGAGGGCCAUGGAAGAGAGGUACAAAAUGUACCUGGAGAAAGCUCGCAAUGUGAUCCGAGCGCUGGAUCCUAAGCUAAAUCCAGCCACCGCUGAGAUCCAGGCUCUGAAGAACCAGCUAGCAGAUCGGGACAAGCAGAUUGUAACUCUGGAGCGUCAAUGUGAGCAGGCCAGACUGAGAGAGUACGAGGAGAAGCUGAUCGUCACAGCGUGGUACAACAAGAGUCUAAACUUUCAGAAGUUGGCAAUUGAAUCACGUCUCGGUGGCUGCACCUCCUCCAUGGUGUCCCCCGCCCAGUCCUUCUUGUCCCAGCAGCGGCAAGUCUCAAACGCCCCACGCCGGGCACUUUCCAUCAGCGUGCCUGCCACUACCUCCAAGUAGACCUUGACAUAGAGCCAAAUGUUUCAGCUUUAUUCAGUUAAGGGAAAAAUACCCUCCCUCACUCCCUCCCACCAUUGAGCACUUAAGUGACCUUAAACACAUCUGCUCUCAGCGCUUGGGGAGGGGUCACUGAUUAGCUGACUGGGAUCGAUGAGCACUUACUUAUUAAACACAACCAUGUAGGCCACACUCCUGAUGUUAUAGCAUACUGUCCCAUGUUAACACUGGCUACAGGCUGACCUUCACAUAGAUCAUGAACCCACAACCUGUGUUCACCUCACUAGUUAAAGUAGUGCACAGUCCCAACCAUAGACGUGGAGCAUAUUUCCCAUCUGCCCUCUUUGCUUUGCAGAUUCAGCUGAAUUCUUGUAAUAUAACCAAUUUAUCCUUCACUCUCUUAUGUCCUGUCAUGCUGUGUACGUGAUCAGGAACAAGAGGAACAUUAAUGAAUGCUUAUCUAUUUUAUUCAGAAUCGGAGCCCAUUAUAUAUAUGAUUGUGACUUUAAAAUGGGUUACUUGAAUGCUAAAGCCAACUAAAUGUAACUUCAGAUGGUUGUUAAUGUGGAAAACUGUACCAUCAUACUAUGCAGUUAAGGAGGUAUUAAUGUCAUCCAGCGGACUGAUGAAAAGACAAGCUUGCUUUAAAUGUCUUUGAGAAAAUGAUUGCUAUAUUUGGUGCUGGCCACCAACUGCUUUUAAGCAUCAAACAUCAGACACAAUUACACUACUCACAAAAAGUUAGGGAUAUUCCACUUUCGGGUGAAAUUUAUGGAAAAUUUUAAAAAAGUUGAUGCUACACUGAUAUUAUAUCAUGAAAGUAGGGCACUUAAGUAGAAGGUCAAAUUAAGAUCACCUGGAGAGGUUAUAGUGCAUUUUAUGUACAUUCUGAAAUUUCAUCCGAAAGCCGAAUAUCCCUAACUUUUUGUGAGUAGUGUGUAUUUUUUUUUUUUUUUUACUGAAAUGGAACAAGCCCAUCAUGUAAAGCUGUGAAUAUCCUAUAAAUCAUAUUAAUUAAAAUCAACCUGAUGUGCUGCAACAACAAAUCCUACACAAGAUAUCCAGGAUUAGUGUAUGUUUCGUGUAUUUUCUAUAUAUCUAAAGUGUGAUUCGACUUCCUUACUGGCAGGAUGCUCAAAAUUAAAACUGGCAGGCCUUUCUAUUCACCGAAUAUCUUAAAUCUUAUUUAGUAGUGUGUAAUCAAGUCUAUAAUCUAUGAAGUUGUACAGCUCUAGUGUAAACAUGAUUUUAACACCAGCUUCUGAUCCAAAUGUCAGAACCAGGUUAAGCUUUCAUACAGUAUCUGCAAAUUGUAACUUGAGAAUUUGAAUUACUGUAGUUGAUAUUGUAUUUAAUCAUGGACAUGUUUUGCGGCUGUUUUAGUGUCGGUGGAAACUCAGUGAGGAGCGCUGUGGAGAAGCUGCUGUUUUCUUUGAUAUUGUGGGUUAUUUUUCUGUUCAGCCUUUAUGGAGUAUUAAGUUAAACUGCACUAGUUUCACAACAUGAAAUGGCUGUUGAUUGCCUUGUCACUCUCUAUGUCUGCAAUAACACUAAAGAGGCAUUUUGUUAUGAUGGUUUCACCAUCUGUGAUGGAUAGAUGUAAGUCAAAGCGAUUUUAUUUUCCAUUUGCAGUGGAUGAUUUGUAGAUUGCUGAUUCAAAAGUUGUGUCAUUUAUAUGAAGAUAAGAUGUAUGAUGAACGUAGCACAGCACAUAAACUACAUGUGUAAGGUUUUGUUUGUAAAUGAAGAAAAGUGGGCAAGGCAUAAUGAAUUUUCAGGAAUUUAGGUACAUUUAAAUCUUUGGUUUUCUUGUGAAUAAAUAAAUUCUUUUUCUAAAA